UGCUUCUCUUUAUCGCUUUUUUUUACACAUGAGCAGCAUAUUUUCCAAAAUUUUCUAUGACGGCGGACACAAAUUCAAUGUCACAACACGGACACAAUGUCAACGUAACACACAGACAAACUUAGGUGUCUCACACAUGAGAUGCAUAUAUUACUUGCUAAAAUUUCCUGACUCUCAAAUUUGAUUUUUUUAAAUAAUUAAAUAUUAAAUCUUUCAAAAAAAAAAUUUAAUUUUUAACUUAUUCUAAAGCUUAUUCUAAACAACGUUAAUUGUUGAGUCAGUUAUAUGAAUUUAUCAAUUGUUCAUUAAUAAGUUCAUACUUCUUCAAUGUGAAUAACAUACUAACACCGUUUAACUCACACACAGUAUUUUCAAAUUUUGCCCAAAUAUGCUAACAGUGUGUUGAAAUAAUGAAUUCUUAUAAAGAUAGAAGUUUGGAAAACCCUUUAUUCAAGUGCUUAACUAAAAAUUGUGACUCUUAUGGACAUCCAGAAAGCAAAAAUUAUUGCUCAGCUUGCUUCAGAAAUUUAUCAAAAGACAAAAGUGAUGUGACAUGUGAUGAAAACAGAGAUUCUACUUCUAAUUUACACAAACAGUAUUUUGAACCAAUGCCGCAAACUUUCGAGAGAAUGCAGCAGGAGGCAAAACAACUUGGUUUUAAAUAUGGAUAUACAGGUCCACUAAAUCCCCGUCAAAAACUCAUUUCGUAUAUGUAUUUUUCUGAUAAAGCAAAUCGUUGUCCAUUUAAAACCACUUGCAUGAUAUUUGGACAAAGUGGUGUUGGAAAGUCCUCGUUUAUUAAUCAUUUGAUUGGACGUGAUUUAUUGAAAACCAACCCCUUUAUAUCAGAAACAAGAGAAAUACAAGAGGUUGUUUUGACUAUGAAAGAGCCUUCACUUAAUGUUUCUAAUUUACAACUAAUCUUUGUUGACACUCCAGGAUUUUUUGAUGAUGAUGGUGACAACCAAGAUAAAAAAAACUAUAAUGCUUUAAAAGAAUAUAGAAAAAAAAAUUUUGAAGAUUAUUAUCCCAAUCUAAUUUUUAUUGUAAUUCAAGGAACUGAUACUCGGUUUUUAAAAGGUCCAUUAAAAAAGUUUCUUACAAAGCUCAAAAAGCUUGAUAUAGUUUGUCCGACGUAUUGCAAUGUUAUUUGUCUUUUUACUCACGCAACAUAUUUUUUAAAUGAUUUAAAAAAAAAUAUUGAGGGAAAAAUCAAAAGGUUAAUUGAUUUAUGCUUUGAUAUGCUUGAAGUAACAGUAUCUGUAGCUUACAUUGACAAUAACUAUACAAAUUUGAAAAAGCAAGGAGACUGGACUGUACUAUCAGAUGGUACUCUUCAGCCUCUAAACGUAUUUAAUUGUGCAAAAAUGUUAAUGGAAGGUAACGACAACAAACCAGUGGGACAAGAGUAUAUUGAUCCUCUUGGUUAUCAAACGUUAGCAAGUUUUUUUAAAGCAUCUUCAAGUGAAUAUACAAUUAAAACCAAUGAGAUUUGUAAAAAUGCUGAGAUUAGCGACGAUUCAAUGUCACAAUCCUAUUCUGGUGAUGCAGAAAUUUUGGGCGAAAUAUUUGUUGGAAAAGGUUAUGAUGUUUUUUACGACAAAAUAAAAGAGACCAGUAUCUUUGAAUUAGAAGAAUCAGAAAAAAAUCAAGAAGAAAACAACCAACAGUUUAAUAUUAAAAAAGGUUUUGAUAUCACUUGUGAUAAAAGCAAGACUUCAUAUUUUUUGGGACCAGAUUCAGAACUUUUUACAACACAACGACUGAAUGCAAUUGGAUUAGGUGAUAAAGUAGAUCCCAAUUUUCUUUUAAGCAAGAAAAAUAUUUUAAAUGGUUCAUUUAUUAAAUCAAAUUGGUCAUAUUUUUAUGAAAUUAGCACUCACAAAUUGUGCAUACCUGAUGCCAGUAAACUCAAAUUAUCCAAUUCUUUUGUGGAAGCUGUUGUUACUCCUGAUUUUCCAACCCGUUUUGUAGCAAAUGAUUCUAAUGUUACAGAAUUUUUUAGAAAUUUUUUUGAGAGAUGGGGGUUUUACAUUGUAAUGUCAGCAAAUUUAGGAGGGAGUGUUGAAUUAAGAAAAAUUCAUUCAAACCAGAUUGAUAAAGAAGCGAUUAAAGAUCAACUAAAAUAUGGCCUAAAGAUACUGAAAGACGGCUUUCAAAAAAGUCAAGACUGUGGUGAUAUUUUUGAUUUUAAUCUAUCUUUAACAGAUAUAGAACUUAAUUGGAUUGGUGGUGUGUGUGAACCUCAAAUUUCGCAUUUAAAAAACAUUCAAACAAUUGGUUCCUCAAGCCCAUUUAAAUCUUGGAAAGCUUCUUUAACUUUUAAGCCUUCUGUUUUAAAAACGAAAUUAAAACUUCAAUCUAUUGCAGAUUUUGUUUCUCGCAUAAAUAAAAAAAAAGGUGAAACUUGUCAAACUGCCUUAGAACAUAUGCUUGGAAUAUCAAAAAGAAAACAGUCUUCUAUUAAACGAAAUACAAGUAGUAUUGCUGUAACACCUGAUACCCGUAUUUCUGCUGCAAAUGAUGCAGAACCUGACAACAACAGUUGUUUCUCAGGAAAUGGAAAAGUAAUUGUAAUGAAAAGUUAUCCUGUAACCAAAUUAAUCAAGGAUAUAAAUGUUGGCGAUAAAGUUUUAUCAUUUGAAACCAAAACUAAGAAAUUUAUAUACUCCACAGUUUACAUGCUUGCACACAAAAAUGAUACCAAAAAAACAAUUUUUCUUAAAAUAAGCUGCAAAAACGGAAGUUUUGUCACUCUAUCAUCAAAACAUCUUGUUUAUACUGAUUGUUAUAAAGUAAAACAUGCAGAUCAAAUAAAAAUUGGUGACAAAAUUUGGACAACAAGCAUUGACGAUUCAGAGAAAAUGAAUCUAUGCAAGGUUGAUUCAAUUAAAAUAACAAAAUCAGUUGGGUUUUACGCUCCUUUAACUAUGAGUGGAAACAUUAUUGUAGAUGGCGUUUUAUCCAGUUGCUAUGCCAACGUAAAAGAUGUCUCUUUACCCGGUUUUGGUAGAAUUUCUGGCCAAGUUAUUGCGCAUUUUGGUACGGCUCCUUUAAGAGUAGCAUGUUUGGUUUUUCGAAAAAAAUUUCAAACAAACGAAGAAAUGCCGAAGUAUAUAAUAGCCCUUAACCAAUUAGGAAAAAGAGCCAACUUAGUCGCCAAACCGUAGUUGAUAUAGUUUUCUAAGUUAAAUUUUUAAAAUUAGUAUUUUUCUAAAAUAUUGUAAAUAAUCACACUUAAAUUAUGUAAUGAAUUAUUAUAAUAAAUAAUAAUUUUAUAAUGUGUAAAAAUGAUUAGGACUAAAAUUAAAUUUUUUAAAAA